UGGCAGAAACCAACGGUUUUCCGUUGAAAAAUUGAAAAGUUUGUGAUUGUGAAUAAUUGUUUGGUAUUUCACAAUUUACUGUGAUUCGAUUUUACGGCUUUUAACAAUAUUUUUAGAUUAGAUAGUAUAACUAUUGUGCUAUUUGAAGAUAGUAUCUAUUCCAUCUUUGAUAUUUACCCAAUAUUUUCCUAUAGUUGUAGUUUUAUCAUUUUUCAAGAAUGACAUCUAGGCAUGUUUUGUUAUCGCAAGUUGUCAAGUUCCAAACAUGGAAAUAUUCCUUAGUUAGAACUUCUAGAAGCAUGUUUUAAUGAUGAAAUUGAAUUAUUUUUUAAUAAAGAGUUUUUGAAUCAUCACAUCAGCAAGUUAUUUGGAUUUAAGAAAUGGCGACCAAGAGAAACGCUGAAGUCGAACUUUCCACGGCUAAAAAAAGAAAAUUCGGAAAUGUAGUCAAUUCAGCAAGCUCCCAACAAUCAUCCAAUCAAACCACUUCGGCUAUGAGAGUGUAUGUGCGCGUAAGGCCACCAAAUUCCAAAGAAAUGAGUGAAAUGUACAGAAGUGUGUUGAGAGUCGUGGAUUCGAAAAUGCUGGUAUUUGAUCCCAAGGAGGAAGAGGAGCAGUUCUUUUUUCGUGGUGUGAAACAAAAAAUGAGGGAUAUGACAAAGAAACAGCCGAAAGAAAUGGGAUUUCUUUUCGAUGGAGUAUUUGAUGCUGGAGCCACAAACGUCGACGUAUACAAUAGAACCACUCGCUGUAUAAUUUCAAAUCUUCUUGACGGAUAUAACUGCUCAGUAUUUGUGUAUGGAGCUACUGGCUCAGGAAAAACUCAUACUAUGCUGGGAUCAAGAGAGAAUCCAGGAAUAAUGUACCACACUAUGGUCGAAUUGUAUUCUCAGAUUGAAAAAAUUAAAGCUGAUAAAAACUGCCAAGUGGGAGUUACGUUUGUUGAGGUGUACAAUGAAAACGUGCACAACCUGCUGAACCCAUCAGGCCCGAUGCAUCUUAGAGAGAGCGCAACCGGAGUGACGAUUGCCGGCCUGAAGGUGGAGGACAUCGUCAACGCCGAUCAUCUGCUGGAGAAGCUGGCUCAGGGCAACCGCAAUCGCACCCAACACCCCACCGAUGCCAAUGCCGAAUCGUCAAGGUCGCACGCCGUGUUCCAGGUCUAUGUCAGAAUGGCCACCAAGAAUGGCAACCAAGUGAAAAUUGUCAAGCUAUCCAUGAUUGAUUUGGCUGGCUCUGAAAGAGGAAUGGUCACUGGCUGCAGAGGCUUGCGUUUCAAGGAAGGAGCCAACAUCAAUAAGUCACUUCUUGCAUUGGGUAACUGCAUAUGCAACUUAGCUGAUGGUUUAAAGCACAUUCCCUACAGAGACUCAAAACUGACUCGACUUCUGAAAGAUUCCCUUGGCGGAAACUGUCAUACAAUUAUGAUUGCCAAUGUCAGUCCUUCAGUGACUUCGUAUGAAGAUACUUACAACACUCUCAAGUAUGCUACUCGGGCCAAAAACAUAAAAACAAAGGUGACGAGGAAUGCGAUGUCAGUAGACCUGGAUGUGGGGCAUUACGUAAAGAUGGUGGAGGAGCUGAAGAAGGAAAUCGUUCUACUCAAAAGCCAAACCAAAGCAUACUCAUCGUCACGAUCGUUUCCUCCAAACUCUGACUUAUCUGUCUGGUGCCGAGCUCUAGAUGAGAUCUUCGAUGAAAGAAUCGAAAUUAUGAAAAGUAUUCUCACGUUGGAGUGUAACCAAAAGCUUCUCGCCUUGAGGAAAAAACGGAAAUUGUUCAUGGCAAAUUUGCUCAAGGAAACACCUGGAAGUCAAGCUCAGGGAAUUGAAAAGGUGGAAGAGUCGCUGAGACAAUACGAUGCGCGAAUGGAGGCAAUGGUUUCUGCGCAGGCUGAACAGAGCAGACGCCAGAAAAGCAGUGAUGAGAAACUGCAAAAGCUGUUCAUUGAAAUGGAAGAGGCCAGAGUCACUCAAGAUAUGGCCAAAGAAUUCGAAAUGAGAGAUGAAAAGUUGAAUAGAAUUCUAACCGAAGUGAAACUGGAUUACAUGAAAAAAGCUUUCAUGAUUGAUCAAAAAGAUAGUUCAACAAAUCUUCAGUCUAUCAAAACUCUGUUUGAAUCUUUCACCGAGUUCUACAAUAUCCUGUCAGGAAUGAAUUGGAUCACAGACAAAAUGGAAUCGACUUAUCAAUGCUCCAGAAAUAUUAUCGAGGGCAUGAAAACCAUUAGGUGGCUGGACAAUGAUGAAGAAGAAGAGUCCGAUUCCACCAGUGGUCACAUCGUUAAUAUUACAAAUUUUGAGACAAAAAUUGACCAUCUUUCAUCUUUCAAAGAUAAAACUACAAAGAAGAAACCAAUUUCGCUAACGCUUGAUGAAGAAGAUGAUAAAGAUGCAGCCCCGGCAAUUAUUAGUGAGGAUUUCUCAAAGGACGUCUGUGAAGAAGUGACGCCAACCUCUAGUUGUGAGAAUAAAUCAUCAGAAACAAAAGUGUUUAGCACUCCAACAAAAAUGGAAACAGACGAUAGAAUAGCAUCAAUUGACGAGAAAGAAAUUAAGGAAAUCUGUUCCACCACUUUCUGUGUAGAACAACCGUCUGCAAGUCUCAAUGAAACUAUAACAUUGGACUCGAACAAGGAUUCAGUGAAGAAGCCAGCGUCUAUCGGAAAACGGAUAAUGAAAGAGAAAACAUUCAUCAUUUCGAACAAGAAAGCGGCUCUAAAAUUAAAUACUGGCCUGGGAAUCAAUAAGGAGAAUCAAGCUAUCCAGAAGGUUUUCAAAAAGCCACUUCCGACAGCCAGAAAAACUCUUUCUCUGAAGCCUGUGAAUGUUCGUGCCAUAGAAAGUACUAACUUGCCCUUUCAAAAACCCAAGCUUAUUAAGUCAACGCCUCUGAAUUUGGCUCGUAGUAAAACAGGAGUUGUCAGCCGUAAUCCAGUCAAAACACCCACCAUACUUAGACCUUAGAACUUUUAUGGUAAAUGUGAAUUAUCAAUUGCUAUCUUGAGUAGGUUCUCCGCACCACAUGACUUCUUCCUGGAUUCUCUUUCACUAAGAUUGGAAGACCUACUAAUGAGAGACAAUCCAGGGUAGAAGUUAUGUGACGAGUUUGCCGAGUAUAUAGUAUAAUAAACUAAACCCUGAGAAAAUAUUUAUAAAAUUCUACAAGAACAAGUAGUAUAUAAAUAAAGUUGUGAAACAUGUAAAUGAAAAAACCUGAUAGGUUACAUUAAGUUCUGGAUUAUCAGAAUAAUUAGCCUUUGAAAGGUAUUCAGGGUUUCAAUAGUUUUACACAUAUUGAUAAUGAUAUUGAUAAUUCGUUAAUAAUUACAUUGUUUUCGACUUGGGAACAGUUAUUUUUCGAUGUAUGCCAAUCCACUUCGUAUUUUUUCAAAUAAAAUAGGAAAUUGAAUUGUUUUGUAAAGCGUUGACCAAGCAUUGCAGCUCAAUAAUGACAAUUGAAUAAGAUCAAUAGAUCUUGAACCUAGACAUCGAUAGUAUGACAAGCAUUGUAGCAAAAACAUUGAUGACUGCUAUUCAAUUAUUUAAUGUUGCAUGAAUUUUGUGUUUGUGUGUACGUCUGAUUCCAUCUUGAAUGGCUAAUCUGUCAAACUCUACAUUCUAAUAUUUGUGUAUUCUUUAUACCUGCGUUGAGGUAAGUUUUCAUAGCGACAUGGAAACUUAUAUGACUCAAUUAUGCGAUUUACAUUAUACUUGAAUUCUAUAUGGAAUAAAUACCAGCUUGUUUGUCUAUUGCAAAAUUCCCAUAUAGUUUCAUAUUAUGCAUCAUUAACUCGUAGUAAAGUGAUGCUUCUUGUACAAAACAUUAAUGAACAAGUGUAAAAUAUCAGUCAUACAGUCGUAGGUCUAGCAAAAUAAAUAUUUUCUGAAAAAAAAAUUAUGAACAAGUUGAAAAUUUUAAUAAUGCUACUUUGCUAAUUGCUAUUGUUGUGCCUGCCUUUAGUUGAAUUAUUAAUUUUAUUGGUUUUGGUCAAAAUAUAAGCAUCACUAAGAGCACAUAAGAACUUUUAAAUCCAUUCUUCACUGCUACAUUACAUGCUCUGCUUUAGAUACACACAUACCUAUUUAUACUAAAAUCAGUGAUACAACCAUUUCACUCAAGACAUUCGUUUUUUGUUACCGUUCGUUUGUCUUAGGCUACCCAGACUGGAUAUCCAUCAGUGUAAAAGUGUGAUUUAAUUCAAUAUCUAAUUAAUAUGGUUUCAUUUUGAAUCGAUAUCUGAAACUUCCAAACCUCAAAUUUAUCAUCACAUAUCAAUCCUUCUAUUUGAGAUGAUUAAUUGUAAGGUUUUGACAACAGGAAAAUAUUAUCAGUUUUCUCUUUUCAGAAAUGUAAUUGAAGCACUCCAGUUAAUUGGGUGGAAAAUUUAUCAUGAAAUCUUCAUAUUUUAUGAAAUGUGUAACAUGGAUUAAUACCAUCCUUUCU